AUGAGUACAGCUGAGUCCACAGCUCCCAGUCAUGUGUCUAUGAAGCGUGAUCGAUCCAUCUUCCCGCCGCUCAACUUUGGUCUUAAAAAGACACAAAGCUCACUGAUGAGUACAGCUGAGUCCACAGCUCCCAGUCAUGUGUCUAUGAAGAGUGAUCGAUCCAUUUUCCUGCCGCUCAACUUUGGUCUUGAAAAGACACAAAGUUCACAGAUGAGUACAGCUGAGUCCACAGCUCCCAGUCAUGUGUCUAUGAAGAGUGAUGGAUCCAUCUUCCUGCCACCCAACUUUGGUCUUGAAGAAGAACUAAAAAAACCGCAUUCAUUAAAGAGGUUAUUUAUUUGUGUCAUUUGUUGUCCUUGCUACAGACAGCAGCCUGGGGAGCCAUCCAGCUGUUCAGUGUGUAAGGAGGAUUUAAGGGAUCUAGUCCAGUUCUUCUGUGGACACUGGUCAUGCAAACAGUGUAUCAGCUCAAACUGGGACCAGUCUUAUUCACCAGCAGACCAACCCUGCCCUGUAUGUGGAAAGAAACUCAUAAAACACCAGGGAAAUACAGACGAAGACACAGAUAAAAGCCUCGUUGGGAAAGCAAAGAAUUUUAAAAGAGCAAUGCAAAAGAAAUUUGCUUCAGUGUCUGAAGGUAUUGAUGACCAAGAAAACUCCAUGAACAGCAUCUACACAUCACUCUACAUCACCACUGGAGAGAGUACAGGGCUGCAUGAAGAACAUGAGUUCAGAUACUUCAAACCUGAAAUGAAAAAGCAAGCAUCGUUUGACUCAGUCGUCAACCUCAGUGAUAUCUUCAAAGCUUUGCCUGGUCAAGAGAAACCGCCCAGGACAGUCCUGACGAAGGGCGUAGCAGGCAUUGGAAAAUCAUUUGCUGUGCAGAAGUUCAUUCUUGACUGGGCUGAGGAAGAAGCAAACCUGGACAUUGAUUUUGUUUUCUGUCUUGCUUUUCGAGAGCUGAAUUUGAUUACAGAUGAGAAAAGCUUGCAUGAGCUCCUGACUGAAUUCCACCCUGCUCCAAAGAGUCUGAAAGAUUCAGAGGAUAUCACCAAAGGCAGGGUUAUAGUGAUCCUGGAUGGUCUGGAUGAAAGCAGACUUCAACUGGACUUCAAGAACAUUAAGAAAAUAACGUCUGUUAGUGAAGUAACAUCUGUGGGUGAUCUCCUUGCAAACCUCAUCCAGGGUAACCUUCUUCCUAAUGCUAACAUCUGGAUAACUUCCCGUCCAGCAGCAGCCAAUCAGAUCCCUGCAAAGCAUGUCGACAUGGUGACGGAAAUAAGAGGGUUCAAUGAUCCUCAAAAAGAGGAAUACUUCAGGAAGAAAUUUAGUCAAGACUCGAGCCUUGCCGACAGGAUCAUUUCACACAUCCGGUCUUCCCAGAGUCUCGACAUCAUGUGCCAGACCCCGAUCUUCUGCUGGAUUUCUGCCAUAUUAUUUCAGGAGGUCUUUGGGGAAGACGAAAAAGUUGAAAUUCCUCAAAAUCUGACAGAGAUGAUGGCAAAUUUCCUGUUUGCCCAGACAAAACGCAGAAGCAGAAAAUAUGACAAGAAGAAAGAGGAGAACGAAGAGCUAUUUCUAAAGUCACAGAAAGAAUUUCUCAUAAAACUUGGCAAGCUUGCAUUUGUUCAACUGCUGAAGAACAACUUCAUCUUCUAUGAGGAAGACUUUGAAGAAUGUGGCAUCGACAUAAAAGAAGCAGCUAUCUACUCUGGAUUUUGCACUGCAGUCCUUAGAGAAGAAAAAGUGUUUUCUCAGCAAAAGUUCUUCUUUGUGCAUCUGACCAUACAGGAGUUUUUUGCAGCUCUUUAUGUCUGUGACUGCUUCACAAACAAGAAAACAACUGAGCUCAGCAGCUUCUUCAAUCUGGAGCAGAAAGAACAUACACUGCUUGAUCUUCUAAAGAUGACAGUUGACAAAGUGCUGGAGGAGAAGAACGGCCACCUGGAUUUCUUCUUACGAUUCCUCCUCAGCCUCAUGGCUGAAGCCAACCGGAAAGUCCUUCAGGGUCUGCUGACAUCGUCAGACCCAAGCCAAGAUACUGACAAGAAAAUCCUGACUUACCUUAAAGCCAUCCGAAGGAAGAACCUCUCUCCAGAUAGUUGCAUCAACCUCUUCCAGACCAUGGUCGAGAUGAGAGAUCACAAAGUCAAAGAUGAGAUUCAGGAAUACCUCAAAUUGCCAGAUCGUUCGAAAUCAGAACUGACUCCGCUGCAUUGCUCUGCACUGGCCUACAUGCUGCAGGUUUCGAAGAAUGAUGUGGAGGUGUUGGACUUGAAGAGUUACAACACAUCAGAUGAAGGCAGAAGGAGACUGAUACCAGCUGUGAGGAGCAGCAGAAAAGCCAUACUAUCAGACUGCAAAGUGACAGCAGAGUGGGUUAAGCACUUGGCCUUUGGACUCAAGUUCCCCGACUCACCUCUAAGAGAUCUGGACCUGAGCAACAAUGACCUGAGAGACUUUGGAGUCGAGCUGCUCCAUGAGGGACUGUCAAGUCAAUGGUGCAGACUGAAGACACUGAGGUUGUCAGGUUGUCAGAUCACAGAGACCGGCUGUAAUUCUCUGGCGAAGGCCCUGAAAUCAAACCCCUCCCAUCUGAUAGAGUUGGACCUCAGCUACAACCAUCCAGGAGUUUCAGGAGAGGAUCAGCUCUCUGAGCUGAGGGACGAUCCACAUUACAAGCUCAACACACUCAAUGUUGAACAUGGUGGAAGUCACCGAAUGAAACCGGGAUUCAAGAAAUAUGCCUGCGAGCUCACUUUGGACCCCAACACAGCCCACAAGAACCUCUGUCUCUCUGAGGGUAACAGAAAGGUGACCUGGGUGGAAGAGGAGCAGUCAUAUCCCGAUCACUCAGAGAGGUUUGAUCUCUGCCCACAAGUGCUUUGUGAGCAGGGUCUAGAUAAGCGCUGCUACUGGGAGAUUGAGGUGGUGGAACCAUUUAAAAUUGGGGUAACAUACAGAACCAUUGGUAGAAAAGGGGAUGGGAAUGAUUGCGAGCUGGGUCAAAACGACAAGUCUUGGUGUCUGGUUUGCUCUGAGGAGGGUUGUUAUGUUAUGCACAACAGCAAAAGGUUAGAUGUAGCUUCACUCUGCUCGCGCUCCAGUCAGGUGGGAGUUUAUCUGGACUGGCCAGCUGGCACUCUGUCCUUCUACAGAGUUUCCUCUGACAAUCGGACUCGCCUGCAUACCUUCAAAACAACGUUCACUGAGCCCCUCUAUCCUGCUGUUGAAUUUCACACUCAGUCCUCUGCUUUAUUUUGUCAGCUUACAUAAGCAGACUUUCACUGCAUCCAUACGAGCAGCCAAGGGUGUAUAUCUGCAUGCGGAUGGUCGGGAUAUGUCCUAUACUGUCAACGGUCAACUGAAUUUAUGUCCCUACCAGUGCUUCUAGCAAUCUAAACUAAAAUUGCCAGGUUCACGUGUCUGCAAAAAGAAGGCCAUAAUACAGCAUGAAUACAAUAUCAACAAUACAGUUGUGUGUUAAUAUCAGUUAUGAUGGAAAACAGAAGGGAUUAAUGUGAAGUUUUUAACGAUCCUAUGAUAAGAGACACU